UCUUCUACUUUCCUUAGUCAUCUGGCCAAGGAGAAGUCAAAGCACUCACCAGGAAUCAAAGAAAGGACUACGUCAUCAUGGCCUCAGUGUCCACUCAUGGAAACCAGGAGAAAAGUCCCCACUUGCCACCAUUGAGCAAGCAGAGCCUGUUGUUUUGCCCAAAAUCAAAACUGCACAUCCACAGAGGAGAGAUCGCCAAGAUUAUGCGAGAGUGUCAAGAAGAAAGCUUCUGGAAGCGAGCUCUGCCUUUUUCUCUUAUAAGCAUGCUUGUCACCCAGGGACUUGUCCACCAAGGUUAUUUAGCUGCUAAUCCAAGAUUUGGAUCAUUGCCUAAAGUUGCACUGGCUGGUCUCUUGGGAUUUGGCCUUGGGAAGGCUUCCUACAUAAGAGUGUGCCAGAGUAAAUUCCAUUUAUUUGAAGAUCAGCUCCGUGGCGCUGGUUUUGGUCCCGAGCAUAACAGGCACUGCCUGCUUACCUGUGAGGAUUGCAAAACCAGGCGUGGAUUAAGUGAGAAGGAAGGGGCACAACCAUCCGCUUCCUAAACCGUGUCCGUGGUUUUCAAUGAUUUUUAAACCUCUAAAUUUGUACACAUUUAAACUUCCAAGUGUACUUUAAGAUAAUAUACUCCUACUGAAAGAGAAACCUUGUAAUUCUCUCAUUCCUUUGAAAUGCUUGCCGUGGAAAGCUCUCGGUUGACUUGAGCAUGGCAUAUUCUUCUUUUCCCUUAGAGCACGCCAGGAGCCAUCACACACUGCACAGGAUUGAACUUACACCCCACCUUGCUUAGAGCUUCCUGAGAGAAUUUUGAGUAGCUUCUGGGUAGUCCUCCCCGC